GCAUUGUGGGAUACGCCUAGUUGUCCUCCGCUUUUUGCCAUGUAGGCUGUGGGCUCAGACUGGGUGAGUGAGUUGCGCCGAAGAAAAAAAAGAAAAGGAAAAGAAAUCGAACAGCGCAAUGUCAAAAUGAAACGAUCAGCACCACGGAUUGAGCGCAGCGAGCAGGCCUACGGCGAAGGCGGUGCGGAGGGCUCCCGGGGCAGCCGAAGCAAGCACGGGCUCCCAAGAUGGUUGCACCGGGCUCCGUAACGACGCCCAUCCGUCGCUUCGUGCGGACCUCAACCCGGCGACGGUCCAAAGCCGCGUCCGAUGUAGCCCAUCAUUCAAACAGGCCAGCGUCCGAUUAGGCUUAGCACCUUGCGGCUUGGCACACGGAGCGUUCGCCCGGACAAGUUGCCUCUAGGGCCCCGCUGGAGAGACUACCGCGAGCGACGAUCUGUAAGCUUGCAUAGAAGGGCCGCGGCGUUGCGUCGGCCCAACGAAGCGGCGCCAAGAUGUGGAACAUGAUGUGCGACGUGAUGCCGACUAUUUCGGAGGACAGCAUCGCCCAGCGGAGCGGCCAGUUCUCCGGCGAUGAAGCAAACUUCGAGCAGCUUAUGGUCAACAUGUUGGAUGAACGGGAUAAGCUCAUGGAGACGCUCCGAGAGACUCAGGAGACUCUCACAAACACGCAGCAAAAGCUUUCUGAGGUUGAGAAGGAGCGCGAUUCGCUGCAGAGGCAGUUGCAGGCCAACUUGCCACAGGAAUUUGCAACACUCACCAAAGAGCUUAACCAUGCAAGAGAGCAGCUUUUGGAAAAGGAUGAGGAGAUACAGGAGUUAAAAGCAGAACGGAACAACACAAGGUUGCUGCUGGAGCACCUGGAGUGCCUAGUGUCUCGGCAUGAACGGUCCUUACGCAUGACCGUGGUAAAACGGCAAGCCCAGUCUCCAGCUGGUGUCUCCUCUGAGGUCGAAGUGCUCAAAGCUCUCAAGUCACUGUUCGAGCACCACAAGGCACUUGAUGAGAAGGUGAGAGAACGAUUGAGAGUUGCAUUGGAACGUGUCAGCACCUUGGAGGACGAGCUCAACAAAGCGAAUGAAGAGAUUACCCAAUACAAGACCAAAGGUGUGACAAUAUCGGAAGAUAGAAAAAGUGGGGAGGGGCCAAUAGAAAACUCUUUACAUGUCAACAAGGUGUCUAAUGGUACUGCGGACGCUGUGGAAGAAGCAUGCAAGCUGGUGGAGCUGCAGGAACUUGUGGAGAAGCAGGCGGCAGAGCUUGCAGUGGCGCGCAGCCGGCUCAACGAGUUGCUGCCACGGGUGCGUGAGCUCGAGGAAGCUCUGGCCCUGGCACAGAAGGAAGUUACUCGCAUGAAAGAGGAGAAUGCUCGACUUGCGAGAGACCUUAAAGAGAACAACGCACAGAAGGAAGACCAGGAAGAAAGGAUAUCAACGUUGGAAAAGCGUUGUCUCAAUGCCCAGCGGGAAUCGGUCUCCCUGCACGACUUGAAUGAGAAGCUUGAGCAGGAACUUGCUAACAAGGAAGCACAGUUGAAAUUGAGUGAAGAAAAAAUCAAAGCUCUCCAAGAACGCCUGGAAUUGGCUGAACAAAAACUUGCACAGUUUGCCAAGAAGGAGACAGACGUGGAUGUUUCUUCGAUUAUAGCUCAUGAAAAGCAUGGCUCUAUGGAAGACACGGUCAGUCGACUGGAGCAGCAGCUCGAAGAGAAAGCCGGGGAGCUGAUGCGGGCUCGCCAGCGGGAAAAGAUGAACGAUGACCACAACCAGAAGCUAUCGGCAACAGUGGACAAACUUCUGGCAGAGAGCAAUGAUCGGCUGCAGAUGCACCUCAAGGAGCGCAUGCACGCCUUGGACGAGAAGAACAUGCUGUCGCAGGAACUGGAGCGCACACGCAAGGUCCUCGACGAGACCCAGGGAGAAAAGGAAAAAAUCUUUGAGGAAUUGUCCAAAGUCAGAGCAGAGAUGGAGAUGAUCCGCCGUGAUGUCCAGAACUACAGGACAGAGUCUCUUUCAAGGGUGACUUCAGCACGAAGUCUCGCGCACCACUCGCCCCUUUCUCCACAACGAGCUGGAGGCAAUGUACUGUCACCACCGUCACUGGUGGGUCUGGCACCACCGUCGACUUCGGAGGCGACUUCAGGGGUGGUCUCGUCGGUGGACGCUUUCCGUUCCACCUUGUCUGUUGGUGGCGGUGGGCUGGACAUCAGCGCGGGUCCACCCACCACACCAGGCACUCAGCACCGUACCCUGCCGAGGGUUAGACGUCGGUCCCUCGACGAAGACCCUGGCAAGGGCCUGGGUGACUCUGAGUGGGACAAGGUGGUUCCGGGAGGUGCUGGCAGUGGCCUGGACGGAGGGGUCAGUGACCCCGAGUGCAGUCCCACGGAGGAGGACGAAGAGGAUGGUGGUGGAGCGGGCCUGUUGGGCAGCAUGGACCACCUGCUCUCACCAGUGGGGCACCACUCCGAUGCCCAGGCACUGGCGCUAAUGCUGCAGGAACAGCUGGAUGCCAUCAACAAUGAGAUACGGCUAAUUCAGGAGGAAAAGCAGAGCACAGAGCAGCGUGCCGAGGAGCUGGAGUCACGUGUUGGUAGCAGCAGCCUCGAGCCCCUGGGGGGUUUGCUGUCACGAGGACGCUCCUUCGACCGAGGUUCACCACCCCUCAGUGGGCGGUCUACACCACCUUCUUCCGCUGGCCCCCCAACUCACCACAGCCCCCAGCGAGAGUACCUGCCCAAGUACCACACUGUGCCAGCAUCCCUGGAGGUACGAGAUGACCGGCUGUUGAGGAGAGAGACAAGCCCACCUACGCCACGGUCAAUGCGCAUUGACCGAGUAGCCCAAGCUCUGGCACAGAGCUCGGAAGAGCUGCGAAGGUCCUUUGGGCCAUCUCUGUCACAGCAUGCAGCUUUGGGCGGCAGCCCCGCUUGUCUGUCGGGCAUCCCGCCAGACGCUUUGCUCAGGGUUACCAUGGAUGGAGGCCCCAGUUCACUCAGUGCUCAGUCUCCACUGAGCUCUACCAACUCUUCCCAAGACUCGCUCAACAAGGCGGCCAAGAAGAAAGGCAUCAAGUCCUCGCUUGGCCGCUUCUUCAGCAAAAAGGACAAGGUCAAAGGGAAGGACCCCUAUGGGCAGGAGUAUGGCAUGUCUGGGGGCAUCUACAUGGACAGUGACAUUUGUGGGAGUGACACGGGAACCCUCUCUAUGGCGGGAGGCACAUUGGGGCCAAAGACCGACGUGGAUCGGCGAACGAAAAAGAAGCAUGAGCUUUUGGCGGAGGCAAUGAAAGCAGGCACUCCAUUUGCAUUAUGGAAUGGGCCCACGAUUGUUGCAUGGCUUGAGCUAUGGGUGGGCAUGCCAGCCUGGUACGUGGCGGCAUGCCGUGCAAACGUGAAGAGCGGGGCCAUCAUGUCGGCGUUAUCAGACACCGAGAUUCAGCGUGAGAUUGGCAUCAGCAACCCUCUCCACCGGCUCAAGUUACGCCUUGCCAUCCAAGAGAUGGUCGCCCUUACAAGCCCCUCGGCUGCAAAGCCUGCUCGAACGAGCCUGGCAUUUGGAGAAAUGAACCAUGAGUGGAUCGGCAACGAAUGGCUGCCUAGCCUGGGGCUACCCCAGUACCGGUCUACCUUCAUGGAGUGUUUGGUGGAUGCCCGCAUGCUGAGCCACCUCUCCAAGAAAGAUCUUCGGGUCCACCUAAAGAUGGUUGACAACCUGCACAGAACAAGCCUUCAGUGUGGCGUGAGCUGCCUCAAGCGAGUCAACUACGACAAGCAAGAGCUGGCGGAAAGGAGAAAAAACAGUGAGAAUGAAACAAAAGAUGUGGUGGUGUGGUCCAAUGAGCGGGUGAUCAAGUGGGUGAACAAUAUAGGGCUGCGCGAGUACUCCAACAAUCUUCUGGAGUCCGGGGUGCACGGAGGGCUCGUUGCCCUUGACGACACCUUCGACCACUCCGCAUUGGCCCUGGCUCUGCAGAUACCCACGCAGAACAUUCAGGCACGGCAGCUACUUGAGCAUGAGUUUAGUAGCCUCCUUAUCAUGGGGACCGAAAGGAGACCAGAUGACGGACCCAAGCACAUGGGCGCUGCGCUGCCAGGUCUUCAGGGAGACCGACUUGUAUGAUGGGUUCUCCGUGAAAGGAAGAUCAGAGCUCUUUUUUCCUUCAACCCGAAACCUUCGAGGCAGAAAAAGUCAUCCUGGCAACUCAGCAGGACUACUUUUGCGUGGCUCGUCUCACUUCAUCGCUGAAAGGGUGCGGACUGUUUUCAGUGAUGUAGUGAUGGUGAUGAUAGCAGUGUUUCCCAGUGCGUGUCUGCAAGGAGUGAUGGCACACUGCUGUUCUACACCUUGCUUUUUUUUUCCCUACCAUGGCAGUUUUGGUUCUCAUGGUCACUCUGUACACAUUUGAAAAGAAAAAAAUGCACUGGCUCUUGUUUUUAACUAAGUUGUCCGUUGCAAAGAAAAAAAGAAACUUUUUUGUCAACUACGCUGUCAUCAACAGUGCAACUCAUCGACCAAAAAAAAAAAAAGUCCCAGGUGCACCAAUUCCAAAAGACGUUGCACACCACUGCUUUGUCAGGCAGUGGCUUGCCAGGCAAUUGACUUGGCAGCAUGCUGAAAAGGAUGAAGUUUCCAGGGUUGUAGAUUUUUUUUUGUAUAUGUUGCCCUAGAUACAUCUACUAUAAAACUUUUCACUGUCUAUACAUGUAGAGCUGUUUUAGAACAUUGCGCAGUAAAUGCAAGAUGUGUUGCACACCAUUUCAAUGUUAAGCAGCAAAAUUAGCUUUUAGUAGCUUGAAAGCAUACUGAAGGCAGCAAUACUUCCAAGAUUGUGAAUGUUUUUUUUUUUCUUCUAAUAUGUUGCUCAAAGAACUUGGGAAGUGUUUCUCUCUCCCGCUCUGAGGACCGUUUUUAAAACUCUUGUAGAUUCAUGUCACUCACUUGCGGCAUGAGUUUUUUUAAAGUAGAAGUAAUGCACAAGCAACCACUACUUUGCUUUGUUGGGAUGGCAGAGUAAGGCAUUGCAGUUCUCACUGCUUCUUAGUUUUGGUUUUAUCACUCAAUGACCACUGGUAAGAGUCUUGUCUUUAGUGCUGAACGACACUAUGUAAACUCGAACACCAAGGCAGUUGAUUGAAUCCCGCAAAUACACUGUCAUUGCUGUCUGCACCUUGCCAGUGCUUACAGGUGGAGUAAAGAAAGCUUAUCUGUUUAGGGCAAGCCCAUGGAGCUCCUUUGGUUUUUACUGCAUUGUUUUUGAGUAUGCUGCCAUGUACGUGGGCCUUUGCAUGAAUGAUGUUAUUGACUGUGAUCGAGUAAAGGUUCCCGGGAACACUGUUGAGGUUGUAACAGGGCAUGCUGUCCCUGUACAGCAUGGAGACGGCACAUUAGGCAAAACCCGGGCCACUUUGAACACUUUCGAACUAUGUGACAGAGAUCCGAAAAUGGGUAUCACUGCAGAAACCCUCCCUGGCACUACAUGUGCGCUUUGUGGAUGGCAGGAAAUGUGUUGUCAAACCCUCGAGAACUUUGUGCUGUUUACUUUGCACUUUUCGCGCGGCACACUUGAGUGUGGAAGUCGUGCUGAGCUAUUUCAUUCGCCCAGGUGCAGAUAAUGAUGAUGACUUUAGUACAGGCGUCCCUAAUAGGUUCACUGUCAACCAUCACUUUUCUUCUAAUGCAGAGAGCAGGAACACAUAGGUGUAUCUGAAUGCAUUCCAGUUGCUUGAAAGAGAGGGCAUCAAAAAUGGCCAUCACCCAAGUAUGACAGGCUACCGUGCAGCUAUAGCAGCACUUGAGGGAUGAAAUUUAAAAUUUAACUAGUGUUUCUCUUCUUGAAUCCUUUGGCCUCAAUGUCAUUCCACUCUUGAUCGAGCUUUGCACAACGUGGAAGCUGUGCGCCACAUGAAUUCCUUUAGAUAAGGAGGCCUCUGUUGCUGCUUUGAGCUUACAGUAGCAUUGUGCUUGUGUUGCUCGUGAUUGAAACAAAAGGAAAACAGGUAGCUUAUGGUGAAAUUAUUUUGUUGUACGAGUCGCUUAACUGCCAUCUGACACCAUUUUUAAUUUUUAUUUUUGGAGUGCAUGAGAGAAGCCAUGACCUUCGAAUGACAACAUUUGAAAGUAACAUUCAAAUGAAUGUAGCCACUGCAAAUGACACCUAACAGUGAUCCUUUUAUUUUAGGAAAAGUUCGGCUUCUUUAAUGUGACUGAGCAACCUUACUGACCUAUGCUGUAGGUUGUCAGCACAGCGUAUUACAUUUGCCAAGAAAGCUUGCUCGUUGCUCGCAUUAAAACAUUCACAUCAUUAGCUUGAGGCGGGAUUAAUGGGCUAAAAACUUAGUUCUUCCUGUCAGGUGGUCACAUUCUCACAUUUUGAAACGUGUUUGAGAAGCAGCUUUCAUCCACAGUAUCUAGUUUUGUUUGUAUAGUUUUUCUUCUUUUCAUUGUUUAUAUGUUUGCAGUGAAUUGCGCUUUUGUUGUUGAGUAGUUUCCAAUAAGCAGUUGCCAAGGUCAGGCCUGGUUUACCUUGAUUUUUUAAUCACUCAAGUCAUAGUUAGCACAUGUUAUUUUGAUUUGCCGGUGCGUUCGCGCAUAAUAGUGUAAUAUAUAAUGCACAGCACCUUAAGCACAUGUUGUUUUUAGUUUGCUUUCAUGCCCACGCUAUGCCACCACCUUUUCUGCACAGUGUUUUUUGUGAAACUGGGAAGACUAGUCAGAAAGCACAUUUGUUGUUCUCGUGAUUUUGGUGUUGCAUUCAGCCAGCAUUUCUCUGGUUUUUUUUUUUUUUGUUUUUUUUUUUGCACUUGCACUGGCAGCUUGCGUGUCAAAAAUGACAUGCGAAUGGUCUUUUCCUCUCCUCCUAUUUUAUAAAGUUCUAGGUGAGCCGUGUAGCAUAUUAGAAAUAUUAAAUUAGUUUUUAUAUUACGUGUAGCACUUGAUGCGAUCCAUUUUCUGGAAGGCAAGUGCGCGUCACAUUUGUCUAUGCGGUCACGGCAUUGAUGAGAACGGGGGUAUUUAAGUAUUUCACUGAACUUGCAUCACAAAGUUCUCAUUCUCGAAUGUUGUGUACGAUCAACUUGUGCCAGAUAUUAGGGGCACAGACAUUUGAGACUACUGAUCAUUCGCUCGGUGUACCGAGGUGCAAUGAGUGUACCGAGGUGUAAUGAGAAUAAUGAGUUCACCGAGGUGUACUGAGUGAGAUGCUGUUCACCCACAACCAUUUUUGUCAAGUGUGCAUUUUGAGGUUGCUGCAUUCAGUGCGUUUGGCUUUGUAUCAUUGCCAUUCAUGAAGGAUGUUUCAGUUAGCUGUUGUUCUUAUGCCAUUUAGGGGCAUGUAGGACAUGCAGAAUGUAUGCUUGUAUUAAAGGAAGUAUCACUGUUUUACAUUAUGUUUGGGCCAUUUUUACCUUCGUUUUGUUACCUUAAAUCCGGAAUAACUACGAUGCACACAUUUAGUUUCCGUUUUUUUUU